AUGAUUGAACCAGUUACAGUUGAAUUAUUAGAUGAUAAUAAUGUAAAAAAUAUCCGUUCAGUAUUUUACAAAAAACCAAUUAAAAAAAAUAAUUAUAAUUUAGACGUUGAUUAUGAUGAUUCGCCUCAAGAAAUUAGACGACAGGAUUUAUUAAAACGCCAGAAAGAAAGCAGAAACGCUAUUGUAAAUUCAGCUCGUGCAAUACUAGAAGACGUUUUAUUAUCAGAAGAUGAGCAUGAAGAGUCAAUGGUAAUUGAUAAUAAAAGUAGAUCAAAGAAAAAUAAACUUUAUAUUAAUACAUUGAUGUUGUCAGAAUGGAUGAUUGAUGUACCUGAAGAUUUUAUUGAUAAAUGGUUCAUGUUACCUUGUCCAAAAGGACGACGUGCUUUGAUUGUUGCUUGUAAAGGUAAAACUCAAGUAUUUACAAGACGGGGUAAUAAAAUUAUUGAAUUUAAUUCAGUUUUACCAGGAGGAAAUUAUGGAGAACAUAAUAGGAAUUGUACUGUUUUAGAUUGUAUAUGGGUUAGAAAAGAACAAUCAUAUUAUGUUCUUGAUGUUUUAAGUUGGUCCAAUCAAACAUUUCUUGAUUGUGAUGCUGAAUUUCGUCAUUUUUGGCUAAAUUCUAAACUCGAAGAGACUGUAGAAUUGAGUACACAAAGUGAAUUAAAUCAAUAUCCAAUUUUAUCAUUACCAAAUAUUUUUUGUAAUGGAAAUUUAACAAAUUUUUUACAAAAUUUGUCACCUAGUCUUCCAUUAGAUGGAUUUUUAUUUUACCAUCGAGAAGGAUUUUAUAUGAAUGGGCGCUCACCGCUUGUAACUUGGCUGAAACCAUUUAUGAUGUCUGAAGUGUUGGGUAUUUCGGUUCCAUUGGAACUAGAUACAAAACCAGAUGGAUAUAUUGAUUUUAGGCAGUACAUUCUUUUUAAAAAUUGUAGGAAAAAAAAUUCAGAUGGCUUGAAAGAAUUUCCGAUGGAUGUGAUGAAUGUUAAUGCUUGUGACGAAAAUUGAUGUAAAUAAAAAUAUUUAAACUAAUUUAUUUAAAUAAUUUAUAAUUUUCAAAACUAAUAUUUUAUAAAAUGAAAUCAAACUUUACACACAUUUAUUCACUU